AUUGAGGGUAAAGUACUUUCCUCUCGAGUUAGAAAUCUAGCCGCUACAGUUACGCUAUUCUGCUUUGCUGUCGUCUGCUCACUGUCGUCAGAAAUGGGAAUGCACACAAACUGGCGUGACUGCGCCGCGUGGCAGAAGGAGAAGCUACCGUUGUCGACUGCCAGCAACGAGGCCUGCAAACUUUUUGACGCUGCAUUAACGCAGUAUGUGGGCUGGUACGACGACGCUCAGUUUGGAGGCUUGGAACAGACGCUCGAAAAACUGAAGCAAGCGGACCCAGAUUUCGCCAUGGGCCAAGCCUUUUACAACGGUAUCGUAUUGAUGGGAACAGGGGACUCUGUGGCGCUCAGUGCUGAACUUCGAAGUUCCGUCGACAAAAUGGUGGCAUCUGCAGCGUCACAGCCUAACCUGACUGAACGCGAAAAAGACCAUAUCAGAGCAGUCCACGAACUGUCUCAGGGUCACAUCUCGAAGGCUACCGUUAUCUGGGAGAACUUGCUCAUCAACCAUCCGACCGAUCUUUUGGCCCUGAAAUUCGCCCACGAUGCUUACUUUUACUUGGGUCAGCAACGCCAGAUACGAGAUUCGAUCGCCAGAGUCUUGCCCCGGUGGAAUUCAUCGGCGCCACUGUACGGAUACCUCCACGGCAUGUUGGCUUUCGGCUACGUCGAAACCAACUUCCAUGAGCUCGCUCGGCGUUCUGCCGAAAAAGCCUUGAGCCUGAACGAACGCGACGCCUGGGCAACACAUGCUUUGGCGCACGUCUUCGAGAUGGACUGCCAGCCGGACCAGGGCAUCGCGAUGAUGAGCAAGACGGUCCAGAACUGGGAGACCUGCAAUCUUCUGGCAUGUCACAACUUUUGGCACUGGGCCUUGUUCCAUGUGGAAAAGGGCGAAAACGAAGCAGCCAUCGAAAUCUUUGAUGGUCAAGUCGGAAAGAGGGUUAGCUCGGGCGCCAUGCUGGACUACGUGGACGCCGCGUCGCUGCUGUACAGGCUGAAACUUGAUGGAACGAGCGUCGACGACAGAUGGGCCAAAGUUUACGACGUGGCUAAACCUCACCUUAACGACCACAUCUUGGCUUUCAACGACGCUCAUUUUCUGAUGGCGUGCCUGGGAACGAGAGAAAGAAGUUCGGUCAAGGACCUGCUGGAAUCGGCGACAAAGUUCGUCGAGAGUCCAUCGGCUACCGGAGACACGGCAAGGGUGACAAGAGAGGUUGGCCUACCCUUGAUGGAAGCUAUGGUAAAGCACGGCGAUGGAGACUACGGUGCAGCGGCUGAAGAUCUGUUACGUAUUCGGUACGAUAUAGUCAAGAUAGGUGGGAGUAACGCGCAGAGAGACGUCUUCGAGUUGCUUCUGCUGGAUUCGGCGAUUCGUUCGGACAAAGAGAGGCAUCGUAGAGUGGCGGAGGCGUUGCUCACCGAGCGCGGACUUUCAAGGCCGAAUUCGCCCAUGCUGAAAAGGUUAUGCUCGAGAUUACGAUAACGGGAAGCAGUACAUGGUUCCCAUUUCCACUUGCUUUUGGUCGUGAGCAGAUCAUUGUUGCGAUGGCAAGAGUGGGGUCACUGAUCGUUUGAAAUUAUUUUUGAUAUUAGCGUGUAUUCGCUCAUGCUGGUGUCGUCAUACGAGAUUACACUGUUGUUUACAGUCAAGAAAAAAUGAUUAAAUUACUGUUUAGAGGUUG